UCCUAGCGUGGCCAAAAUAAUUGCCCCUUGAGUGACGGCCAUGCCGAUUUGGUGGAGAUUGGUCCCAGCCAUCAUUGGCAUUUAGCCAGUCUGGAAGCACUAAUGAUGUUUUUUUUUUUCCGAAGCCUCUCAUUCGGCGCACGACGAGCAUCAUACACCAGUCGAAGAGCACCGCUCCUAACCAAACCAUUCAGGCAGCACCCAGGUGGCAGUCAACUCUCGUUACUGGACCGCCGCAUAAGCUGCUGCGAACGCUUCGAUACUUUGAUGUUGUGUCCGAAACGUACAAUCCGGUUUUGUACUGACCCCUUGGAUUAUUACGCCAUGAAAUCGACAGCGCCGCAGUACAACUUCUGACGCAUUUUCCUCAGUGUUCACGCCUUACAGAGGGCUUUUACAUGGACAAAACGGCGAUUCUCACCACAGCCAUCGCUGCUUUCGCCGUGGCCACAGUCGUGUUCUGGUUGCUGAAGCGUCGCAGCAGGCUUAGUUUGUUCAAAGACCUCGGAAUUCCUGGGCCAAAGCCGGACUUCUUGUGGGGCAAUCUGAAGCAGAUGGACCACAGCCGCGUCGAGACAUUCGUGCAAUGGAGAAAAGAUCACGGAAAGCUCUUUGGCGUCUACGUGGGGAGUGAGCCUUUUUUGGUCAUCACAGACCCCGAAAUAGCGCACGAGUGCUUUGUCAAGCAAGCGGCGAUAUUUCAGGACAGACCGACGUCUUUCGUGGAUGCGGAGCCUUUCAAAAGCAGCCUGUUUCAGCUUGGCGGCAGAAAAUGGACGAACGUGAGGGCGGCGUUGAACUACGGUUUCAGUUCAAGUGUGAUGAAGGAUCUCUCUACGGUAGCACACCUGUGCGCCGCUAGAUUUGUGGAGCAGAUAUCUUCGAUAAGCCUGAGGAAUGGACACGUAGAAGUGUUCGAUCGUGCAUUGGACUUUUCUUUCGACUUUCUCAUGAACACGGUACUGGCACAGAAGGUGAAAUCUCAGGAGGGCUGCAACGAGCCUAUCCUGGAGUCUCUCAAGCAAGUCACUAAGGAGCUGGGAAACUCAGCCAUCGAAGUGGCGUUUACGGUACCCGUCGUACGCGCUGUCCUUACGCUGAUAUAUCCAUUCACAAAGCAUGCUAGAGCGUUCCAGAACAUUAUGAACCACGCACAGCACAUCAUCGACCUACGCCGUUCCGGAGAGCUUCCAAAAGAACCCAGCGUGCUUCAAACGAUUUUGGGGGCGGAAACCCUCAAUAUAGUGAAAAAGAAACCUAGCAAGCUCAACAAACACCUGAGCGACAAGUACAUCUCGUCCAAUGCGGCAAUAUUUCUGCUGGCUGGCACAGAGGCUAUGGCUUCCACGCUUUCUUUUCUCGUGUAUCUCUUGGCGAGACAUCCACGCGAGCAGGAAAAAGUAGUGAAGGAGAUGGCAGACAUUUUUUCUUCUGAAGAUGGGAUCAAGCUGAACUUCGACGAGCUGCAUCGGCUAAAAAGAAUCGACAUGGUGAUCUACGAAGGUCUUCGCCUCUACCCGCCCGUCCCACUGUAUCUGAUAAGGCAUUGCUCUCUGGACACGACUGUUUGUGGGCAGCACAUUCCAGCUGGUGUCAACGUGAUGGUUACACCGUGGCUCAUCCACCACGACCCUGAAGUAUGGUCGGAGCCUGAGAAGUUCCUCCCGGACAGGUUUGCCGAAGAAAAUAGCGAAAGUCGCCAGAAUGGGACCUACGUGCCUUUCGGACUAGGGCCCAGAGUGUGUAUAGCUCAGAAGUUAGCGUUCCUGGCGCUGAAAUCGGCGCUCGUUAAGGUUGUUCAAGAUUUUAGGCUAACCUUGUGCGAUGAGGCCGCUGGGCCGCCAACGUUAUCGGUUCCUAGCGUAAUACUCGUACCUGGAGGAGGAGUGAGAGUCAGGCUGCGGCCCAGGACAGCGACGGCGUCGCGUGAGCGGUACAAGGCCGGCAAGCGUAUGUUCGUGGCAGCUUAGAUUUGCGAGAGUCAGUAAUUAAUUCAGGAAGUAAAUAUAUCAGCCUAACACUUUUCAUGUCACGGUACUGGUGCACUUUUCACCCUACCAAAAUCAUAAAUUUGUGUCGAAGAGUAAAGAUCUCUAUUACCAUUUUUAUGUGGAGGCAUUGUUAAGCACCAUCAAUAACUGAUAAACUUCUGCUUCCUCCAGUUCUGAAAAGCGGAUCCAGCAAUUUUCCUCUAGUAAUUCCGCAGUGCCCAUAAUCCACACCCGUAGGUCAGAGAGGUAUACUACUAAUAACAAAGGCGGAGGACAAGAACAAUAGGAAGCAGUGCUGAAUUGUCGUUUUCUCAUUAAUGUUCCUAGUUUUCACAACCUAUGAAACCAUUUAAUUGCUCUUUCACCUAUCAUUUUGUGACUUUCUUUGGCAGUGCAACUUCUUUAUUUGUCGUGAAUUGGUUAAGUUAUGAGAGAAAUAAUGAAAGUGUUCCUUCUU